AAGACCCAUUCGUCGCAUCUCCUCACCCUCUCUCUCUCUCGCUCUCUCUCUCUCUCUCUCUCUCUCUCUCUCGCGUACUUCGAUUUCGAUCUCAAAAACUCUCCCCUUUCACCCAGUCUCAUCUCGUCUCCUCCUCUUCCCUUUCUCUUCGCCAUGAAUCCCCUCUCCCGAGAUCGAACGCGGAUCCAGUGAGAACCGAAACCCUAGGAGCGGAAUCGAGGAGGCGACAAUGGAGGCGCCGAAGAGCCAUGGCGCCAAGCUCUCGCGCACCCCCUCGUCCCUCCUCCGCUCCCCAACCCUCCGCUCCUCCUCCUUCCACAGCCUCUCCGCCAUUGACGACGACGAGGAGGUCGAGAAGAAGAAGCCCCACCGCCCCCACCCCAUCCCCAACCCCAACCCCAACCCCCCCAACCCCAACCCCAACCCCCACCCCCGAACCCUCCUCCCCCUCCUCCUCCCCCUCCCCUUCCUCCUCCUCAUCUUCUUCCUCAUCUUCUACCUCCGCGACGACUCCCCGAUCCUCGGCAACCUCGUCCUCGCCUCGGCGCUCGUCGUCCUCGCCUCCGUCGCCGCGCGCAAGUCCCGAUCCCUCUGGCUCCGCCGCCGCGGCGGCGCGUUCCGGCGCGGCGAGUCGGUCCAGUGGUUCAUCGGGGACGCCGACCGGGCUCUGCGGAAGGAGAAGAGCAACGGGAGGGUGGUGCGCGAGGGGGUGGAGUUCUACAGCAAUGGCGAUUGCUACGAGGGGGAGUUCCACCGCGGCAGGUGCAACGGGAGUGGGGUUUACAACUUCUUCGCCAAGGGGAAGUACGAGGGGGAUUGGAUCGAUGGGAAAUACGAUGGGUAUGGGAUCGAGAGCUGGGCGAGGGGGAGCCGAUACAGGGGACAGUAUCGGCAAGGGUUGCGGCACGGAUUCGGCGUGUACAGGUUCUACAGUGGGGAUAGCUAUGCGGGUGAGUGGGUGAGUGGGCAAAGCCAUGGAAUUGGGGUUCAGAGUUGCUCCGAUGGGAGCUCCUAUUUCGGGGAGUUCAAGUGCGGGGUCAAGCAUGGCCUCGGCUACUACCACUUCAGGAAUGGUGAUCGAUACUGUGGAGAAUACUUUGGAGACAAGAUUCAUGGUUUUGGUGUCUACAACUUUGCUAAUGGUCACUGUUACGAAGGUUCGUGGCACGAAGGCAAGAAACAAGGCUUCGGAAUGUACACAUUCCGCAACGGCGACACAAGAUCAGGAGAGUGGGACUCUGGCAUUUUACAGAACCCUCUCCCCCCGUUGGACCCUGCUGUUCAACGAUCCGUGCAGGCUGCUCGAAAGGCUGCGGAGAACGCAAUUCGCCUUCUGCGAGUUGAUGAGCAGGUGAACAAGGCAGUCACGGCUGCAAACAGAGCCGCCACUGCUGCUCGAGUUGCUGCCAUAAAGGCCGUGCAGAACCGUAUAGAUGGCAAGUUUUGCGACACCAAUGUCUAAGGCGGCUAAGCUUCGGGUUUUUUUUUUUUUUUUU